GUUGAAGUAACGCGACCUGAUCCACCAUGACUUCUUCCAACUCCAGAGUGAAACAGAUCUCUGAAGAGCUGAAACACAUUUCCUUCAAGAAGCAUCAGCUCAUUGAAAAGAGAAAAUUGCAGUGCAUUCUUGAAGAGCUGAGGAGUCGUACUCAAUUUGAACAAACGGAGGAGGCAGCAUCGAAUCAUAAUGAGAUAUGCAGCAUCGACGAAGAACUUAAAAAACUGACAGAGAGGAAGUCUGAGCUCCUAAAAAGCCUUGAAAACAAUCUCGAUGUUCAAGAUAAGAAUCAUGACAAGAAAGACGUUAGUGUCCCCUCUGGUCCAGAGACUGAUCCUAGCUCAAAUAUUUUCUUCAUUGAAUCUCCACCUACUUUCCCGGCUCCUAAAGUGUAUCUGGACUUGGACAACCUUCCUAUGACUCCAUGCAAGACUCAGUGUCCAGAGUGUUGUGAGUUUGUCGUGACUGAGACUUUCACCUCCAUCAGCAGUAUCACCUGGAUGUUGUGCGUCAUGACAGCUUGCCUAGGCGGCCUGGCGGGUUGUUGCCUCAUUCCCUUCUGCCUCAAAAGUUUAAAAUCCACCACACACAGAUGUCCUCUGUGUCGAACAUCAAUUCAGACAGUCAAAAAGCUCUGAGGGAAAGCUGGAAAACUGGAUAGCGUUGACUCACUGGUGAGGAUGUACUUCAACAGAUAGGCUCCCUCACUGAGUGACUCUGUUAGCGCUCACUGUCAAUAUGAUCACUCCUCAGGACGCAUAGAUAAUCAGUUUGUCCGUGUGCAUUCACUCAUAAAUGAGACAUAUGUCAAAGGGAACAUUUGUCACUGGGGCUAAUACUAUGCAUGUCUAUUAAUGGGUAUUUUAUAAUUCGAAGU